GCCUCGCUCUCGAAUAGUCCGGGUAGCGGGCUGAGGAGCGGCGGGACCAAGCGCCGUCUCUGCCCCUUUAGAAGAGCGCCGGCCUUAUUCAGCGCCAGGGGACUCCUCCGUGUACGCGACAGUCGGCACAAGCUCCGCAGACCGCGGCCGAGCAGCGGCCGGGGGAACUCGGCGGGACGCCACGCUCCGCAGCGCACAGCCCAGCCUCCCGGCGUCGGGGCGUCGCCAUGGCGACGGCCGCCCCCGAGCUGUAGCGACUCCACCCUGUCGCUGCUGUCCCCGCUCGGCCGCCCCGGCUUCCCGUUCCGCGACGGCGACGGCGAGGACGGCGACCGCGGCGGCGGAGAGGCGCCGGGCCGCGGCAGUGCUGCCGAGGAGCCUGGGGCUGAGCAGGCAGAGCGGGCGGAGGAGCGCUCGGCCAGUGGGAGCCUGACCCCGUGGGAGCUGUGGUUCGUGGGCAAAGAGAAGGUGGAGCGCGAGCGGCUGCAGCAGCGGGCACUGGAGGAGUCAACUCAGGAGACGGAGAGGAGAAGAGAGACGGAAGCGCGGGAGAGGAGGAGAGCCGCGGCCGAGGAGAAGCACAGGGAGUGGGUUCAGAGGAAGGACGAGCAGAAAAGGAAAGAGAGAGAACAGAAAUUCAGUAAAGAAAUGGAGGAAAAGGCAGCAAAGGAGCUGGAGAAAGAACAUCUGCAGGAGAAAGCAAAGGAAAGAUACCAGGAGUGGCUAAAGAAGAAGAACGCUGAAGAGUGCGAGAAGAAGAAGAAAGAGAAGGAAAAGGAGAAACAACGGCAAGCUGAAUUACAGGAGAAAAAGGAAAUCGCCGCCAGGAAGUUUAAGGAAUGGCUGGAAAACGCGAAAAACAAGCCUCGCCCUGCUGUGAAGAGCUACGGCUAUGCCAGCGGGCGGCUCACAGGAUUUUACAGUGGAAAUUCCUACCCAGAGCCAGCCUUUUGCAACCCCAUCCCCUGGAAACCAAUCCACGUACCCACUCCGCAGGAAGCCAAGGGUCUUUCUGGGCAGAGGAGCAAGAGGCCCACUGGGACCCGGCCGCCUCCGGCGUCGUCCUCGUCGCGGGCGGCUCGUGGGGCCAGAAGCGGGCUGUGGCUGGGGACUGUGUGCGGAGCCCAGAGGUAGCAGUAUGACGCCCAUGUCCUCCGAGCCACUGGAUCUUAAAUCAGGAAGCAUUCUGUCCCCGGCCUGCGUGAUUGCUGGCGGCUGCCUUUCCUCGCUGGCGUGUGGCACCCUGGGAUGAUCUGACCGAGGAGUUCCUGCACUUGGGUGUCAUCGACCUUUAGGGCUGACCCUGCGCAUCGCUGUGCAGGAUACGGGACCGAAUACCUCACAGUUGUGCUUAUGUUUAGCUUGUGUUAAGUCUGCACGGUCCUAUCAAUAAAACAGUUUUUUCUGUCUUCUUU